CCAGGGUUCCGAACGGUCGGCGGGCGACAACGGAGUCUGUCCCAUUUGAGAAUUGUUCGUCGAGCAACACAGCGAAAAGAACCUGUUUUCGAGAAAGUGAUGCCUCGCAUCAAGAACGCCACCGAAGUGCCGUUUAGAAUCGAGAAGGACUACGUUGCUCCUCACAGAGCGGAGACCAUAUGGACGACGUGCGCGCAGGAGGUCAAGCGUGGUCUUGAUGUGGCCGACUUUGUGCGGUCGGUAUGGGCUUUCACACCGGACAUGAUCCCUCGGCCACAAGGCAUGCGACCCUACAAGCUCCGGUACGACCUGCUGCGUACAUUUGCUUACGGCGACGAGUGUGCAUCUUUCACGGCUCUUGCGCACUUGAUGGAGGACCUGCUCUGCCAACUCUCGAAGGAGAACAAAGGCUACCUGCGCAGGCUGGACGCCAAGGUCGUCAAUGCACGCGCCACUCGCGAUUGGUCCAUGGAAGGGGAAGGCGGCACCAGGCCUGACUUGUCGUGGACGAUGUGCUCGCAAGAAUCUAUGCGUUCGUGGAGGGACGUCUGGGAGAACUGUCUGGCGUUCGUGCAGAUCAAGAAGUCGCCCAUCAGCCUCAGGAGAACAAAGGACGUCGAGAUUGGACUCUCAGCCUUUUCCGUGGCCGCAGGAACAAGUCCAGAGCCGACAACUCCUGUGCGCAGAGGGACGAAAAAGCGCAAGCGUGAGGACGACAUUCUGCAAUCUGUCGACGUUCCAUCCAAGCGGCGACGCGGCUUGCACGUCACAUUCCAGGAAGUUGGCAAUGCGACUCGGCUGCAGGACGACGAGUUCCAUGCCGCGUUGUACAUCACGGAGAUGUUGUCACGUCAUGUCCGUUCGUUCGCCUCCGGCUUCUCCGUACAAAAGUCAACCAUCACACUUUGGUACGGUGAUCGCAUGGGACUCGUGGCCUCGGAACCGUUUGACUUCCUGAAAGAGCCUGACAAGUUCUUGCUAGUUGUCGCUGCGCUCGGGUCUGCUGGCAUGCACGAAUUUGGCUUUCCUCCCUUCUUUGAAGGAACUGCUCGUGCCCUCGACGGCACGCUCCUCAGCGAGGAUCUGGCUUUCGAGGUACAGACCAACCUGCCUACGUACAGGCGGUACGAAGCUGUUGGGAAGGGCACCAUGGUCAUCCCCGUGCGGGCGACGGGAAACGCGAAGAGCAAGUUUGGCGACGGAGUCCUCGUCGCGAAGCGGACGUGGUCGAUGCGGUCCUCGAUGAACGAGGCACGAGCUCUCACAAUGAUUCUCACGGCGCUGAAAACUCGCGCGCCACGCUAUCUCAAGUACGUCGCGGAUCUCAAGUGCUACGUCGAGCAGACGGCUUCCGAGCACGACCUUCCGAGGGUAUUAAUGCCAGGCCUUAUGGGGAAAGAACGGUGCUACCGUCUUAUGGUGUCGACAAGAUAUGAACCGCUGCAGAAGCUGACAUGCGCAGCAGAGUUCAGGAAGGUGUUUGCCGAUACAGUCCGUGCCCACAGAUGGGUAGCGGAAGUGGCGAACUUCUUGCAUGGCGACAUCAGCCGGAACAACCUCAUGUUCUACCGCCGCGGUAAGGAGGUGAUUGGCGUCCUCUGCGACUGGGACGCCGCGCAUGCCAGGGACCGAGUGGACGAAGGCAUCUACGACCUCAGCCCACCCGACGACCUCUUCCGGUCAGGCGCCGCCUGGUGGCUAUACGACUACGAGGACAGGCAGUACAUGGGUACCCCGGCCUUCAUGGACAUCGAACGGCAGACCGGCAUGGCGCCGCAUCGGUACGAGCACGACCUGGAGUCGUUCUUCUGGCACUUCGACCCCGGCGACGCCAUGUUCAUCGACGAUCGGCUCACGGGCUCAUGGGACCACGAAGACCGGGCUGUGUGGAAGGUGCAGUUCCUCUGGACAACACGGCCUUCUCCCGGGUGAGGGCGUGCGUGCACGCGGACUUCCUGCGGGUGUUCGAGAGUGGGUGCCUAGGCUGCGCGCCAUCUUCCUGCGCGCCUUCCGUACGAGGACGGACAACCCGAGCGAGACGAUGCUCAGGCAGCGCCUUGAGCGAGCCACCCGUGCGGGAGACGACGCGGCGCAGCUCGCGAUCAUCUCCCGGCUGGAGUGCAAGAUUCAGACGAGGAAGGAGAUCCUGUCUUACCAGACUUUCAUGCAUGCCCUGCGGGCUCCGCUUGACGUCCCCAACUAUUAGAUGGCGACAUACCGACGAUCACUUGGCUUUCAAUCCCCGCAAUAUGUUUCUAUGUAUCCCGCAAGUCCAUUGGACAGAGCUUGAAAUCCGAAGCAGCGCGAGUGAUUAGCAGUUA